AUGAUUGCCACCAAUGAAAAGUCAUAUCCUUGCAAAUGCACAUGCGGUUUUGUAGCUGUGAUGAAUUUAGCAUUGACGAGACCUGGAAACGGGAUUGCCAAUUGCUCUAAUCUUCAACUUUUACCCCUUGAACUCCGGCUACACAGUCUGGGAGCGUAUCGGCAUAUCUUGGACGCUGCCCCAGCAAACGCUCCGGCAGGCCCGUAUGGAUCAAUUGAUUCUUCUGGAUCCGAAGAAUUGUGCCCCCAAGAGUGGACGGGACACCAGGAUGUCAUAUCGCAGAACGAUGAAAUUCGUUCAGAGGACCUCGUCGCCACUCCCAAAAGAUCUUUGCCCCCGACCGAGUCGGAUAAUCUCCAGUCCAUCAAGCGUCAACACGUCGAUCCACAGGAUCCACAAAGUCAAGAACCUUCAGCAGUCCUGAAAAUCUUCAAAUGCUUUCUUGACCCGUUUUGUGAGAUGAGGUUCACCCGAGCCGAACAUCUGGCACGUCACGAGCGGCAGCAUAAGUCGUCUGUACAUAAGUACGCCCUCGAGGAGAAUCGCCAAACUGAGUUAUUGCUCGUCCAGGUACAUAAAGGUAUGCAACGGGAAAACCACAAGCGGAAACUAGCGAUUGUUGCGGCACAGAAAAAACAGCAGUCAGAGUCGGCGCCGGCUUCGAAACCUCGCGCCACGGCUUCGAAAUCCAAACCUUCACCCAAGACAUCGCGCGUGCAAGGCGCUUACUCUCCCGUCCGAUCAACGCAAGGACGCACAUUUUGUUCUGACUUGUCCCAUGCCACACCUAUCGCUAGUAUCAGGUAUCCAGAGUAUCCGCCCACCAGUUGUUUCAGUCCGUAUCUUCACGAAAUCAACCAUUCGGGAUCUGGUUAUGCGUCAAGUUCUGGUGUUCCAUACUCGUUCCAGGACCAUCUUUCGUCAAUUGGGUUUUCUCCGGCAUAUAACGAAAGUCCAAGGACACCUCAUCUUUCUUCAAAUUUUCCAAUGCACUCUUCACCAGAUUUCGAAGUCGAUCGUGUACCAUCCUAUGCGGACUUGCCUAUCUCAUCCACUGUCAACACGAUUCCUGAAGUAGCGAGGGAGCCCUACUCCCAUAUCAUGAUGGAGCCAUUUGCAGUGCCAUCCGAUUCGGAUUUGCUUUCUUCUCGACAGCUGAUACCGAUGCAGCCCUUUCAACCAAGCCGAAAGGCAAACACUUCCUCGAUGUUUCCGAAUCCAUGUCAACUGGAUACUGAGUCAUACUCACAGCUCUCAAAUCUGACUAGUCAAAACGUAGGCAUACCGAGCGUUUGUACCACUGAACAAAACUCUUGGCCACCAUUUUCCUUUUCCCACCCGCGAAUCUCGCUCGGUCCCUCGUAUCUCACAGGAUCUCACUUUGCGCCCAAUGAGAAUAUGGACCAAUCAGCGUUCCGUGAAUAUUGCCAUUCAGAGGCAUCACUGAUGCAACCAGAACCUUGGAAUGAGCACUCGACAUCGUAUCUCGCAAGCACGCCGUAUGAUGGAUUUUCAAAAGGUUUAGAAGAGAGUGCUCAUCCUCGAAUGGAAAUAUCCCAUAUCAACCCAAGCGCGAGUACUCAUGAUGAACAUGCAGAUAAUCUUGAAGUGUUUUUUAAAUAG